GACGAGAGGCAGAGCAGGCGGGCCCGGUGGCUGGCGCGGCGGGCAGAGUGGCAAGCGGAGGUCUGAUGACCGGGCUCGGACUGCUGGUGCUGGCCCUGCUGCUCCAACCGGCUGAGAACCGGGCUGUCCCUGGUGGAGCCGGUCUGGCUUGGGGGCAAUGCCAGCAGCUGGCCCAAAGCAUCAACACACUGGCCUGGGGCAUCAGGCCGCUCGGCGAGCGCAUGGAGCUGCCGAGAGAAGAGGGAGAGGGGAAGGCAGACGACCCCACACCCCAGAUCCAGUGCGGCGACGGCUGCGACCCCGACGGACUGGGCGCCGACAGAGAGCUCUGCCUGCGGCGGCUGCGGGAGGCGCUUACCUUCUACGGGCACCUGCUAGGCUCCGAUCUCUUCAGCGGGCAGUCCCAGCCCAGCCCCGUGGGUCAGCUCCAGUCCGCCCUGCUGGACCUCAGCCGGCUCCUGCAGGCAGAGCCUAACUCCGGGGUGCCCGCCCCAGCCCGGGAGCCCAGCCCGUCAUGGCAGCGGCCUUUCCUGCAGCACAAGGUUCUGCGCAGCCUCCGAUCUUUCGCUGCGGGCGCGGCCCGUGUCUUCUCCCACGAGGCGGCCACGCUCGGCGCAACCCCUGCCUAGCGGUUGCCCUAACGUCCGGCCC